AUGGAUUUUACUGGAAAAGGAAAGACCACUGAAAGAAAAGCCCCGCCGCCCGUCAGCUGGGCCGCCGCUCCCGAGCCGCCGGAGCCCGGGGCGGCUCGGGAAGCAGCAGCGCCCGGGGCGGGCGAGUGCCCCGGGCCGAAUGGCGAGAGCGCCGUGCCGUCCGCACGGGCGGAGAAGCCUCCCCUGGAGCAGCUCUACCGGGAGGGCCCGCUGCUGGGGAGCGGCGGCUGCGGCAGCGUUUACGCCGGGACCCGGCUCGCCGACGGCGCCCCGGUGGCCAUCAAGCGAGUGCCCCGCGAUCGCAUCUGGGAGUGGGCGCGGCUGCACGACGGCGCCCUUGUGCCCCUGGAGCUGGUGCUGCUCUCCAUGGUGUCGUGCCCUGGCUUCCGCGGCGUCGUGCACCUCCUGGACUGGUUCGAGCUGCCCGACGGCUUCGCGCUGGUCAUGGAGCGUCCGGAACAAGAAGAAGGCUUGUGCUAG